CAAAUUAUAAGCGGGCCACUCGGUCGCUUGAGACGCAGGUUAGGUCACACGCACGCCGAGAGAAAAUCUUCUCAACCAACUCAGGUUAUCGAAGUCGUGCAGGAUCGCAAAGAACCUGCCUUGGAGACAAGAUAAAGCAGAAGAUUUUCAAAAUUCUAGACUCUCGGAUCGGAAGUGUAUUUUGGGUCCGUAAUAACUUCAAAGUGAGGUGAUACCUAGAUGCCUUCCGUGGAAUGUGAAAUAUCUAUUUGCGUGAGCAAGACCCCUACUCUCUUACAGAUCAGCUUCAUCGUGGCGUAAACCAAGGUCCUUCGAUAUUUUAUUUUCUCGUCCUUCGCAUAGACGGGAGAGCGUCUGGAUCUUCAAAUUACACUUCAACGUCAAUAUUCCUGUUGCGAACUGGCUGGAUGUGAAACUGUAGUCUUACGUAUUCAACAAUGGAAUUUGAGAAUCUUUGAGUUAUCAACGAAGGUGAUUUCAUCACUGAAGGGUCGGGUUUUAGCUAGACUUUAUUUUGGGAUCUAUCUAGAUAAAACCAUUCACUGAGAGCUUUAUUGUCUCGGGUUUGACUAUUCAACGCUUUGCGAAUCUGCGAUCACAAAGAAAACAUUAAAAACAUACACAAACUUCAACGAACAUGUCGAUGCGGGAAGGAGAACCAACGCGGCGAACGACUUAUGUCGGGAACAGCCAGCAAAUGCUUCGGGAUAUCAAAAAGAGUUUACAACAUUUGAAAAGGCAGCCUGAACAACCUCAGAGACUUUCACAACAACCAGCGGCAACCCCGAGCUCGAACACGGCGACAACGGUUGUACACGAACAAACUACUCAACCAAACGCAUCAAGGAUUGCACACAACCCGAAUCGGCGAGGAAUGAGUCAUGCGAAAGCUUUGGCCGAAAUAAGGAGCAGUUUAAAACCCUUCGAGGCCACGGAAUCGGGUUAUUCUUCAUGUUCUGAGAAUGGAGAGGCCAUUAACAAACAGUAUUUGAUGAGUCAACUCAAAGCAAUGGGCUUGGACGAGGAUACGGCCACUGAAGCCAUAAAGAUGACUGCUAACAGGACAGUGGAGGAUGCAUUGCAACUUAUUGAAACUUUAGCAUCAACGGGGGGCUACAACAGAGUCAAUUUUGGUUCAAAUACACCAAACAGUCGGUCUCAACUUCCUCCCCCCUAUAAUGCAGCAGUCAACCGUCCUUGGAAAGGUUCAGAAGAGGAAACAGCCAGAGCAGAAUCACCCAUGAAUGCUGUAGAAAGGGUACACAGUACAAUUUCCAUGCCAUGUGCACAGGCAAGUACAGGAAUGUCAACACCAGAGGCUACAAGGGCUGAGUGGUGUGUUCAGAGGUCAAAUAACCCUGGACAACUUGUCCAACCGUGGCGUGGUGCACAUAUAGCAACACCUCAGCAAAGAUUUGUUGAGCGAACUGGCCCAAAACUGCAGCUUGGUUGGAAACCUACAGCAGUUGUUGGGCCAAGACCAAUGCAAGGGAUGAAUCAGGGUCAAGCACAAUUUGUCAAUGGUGUUGGUGCUAAUGUUCCUUCUCCGCAGUUUCAUGUAAGUGCUAACCUCACGUUAACUGGAAACAACUCUGCUCCUGAUGAGUAUCAAGGAGGCCGGAUGGCUACCAAGGUUCCGAAUGCUACAGGAAGUGGCACAAAUAAUAUGUCGUUCAACAUAUAUGUUCAAACCAAUUUUCCACCAAAUUCCUCUGAGAACAUUCAGGCAUCCAGUCAAGGACAAUUUUACCAAAAUACGGCUCCACAUAUUGUUCCAACGGUUGUUCAGGGUACACACAGUGAUGCAUUGAACUGCAACUCACCCAUACCAAGUGCACAACAGACUCCAGUGCCACACUUUGUUCAGUCUUUUGACCCAACUCUUCAUCCUCCACCUGCAUAUGCUCCAGUUCCAAGGAGGCAGACUCCUUCUGAUGUAAGCAUGGGUGAGGCAAGCAACUGGCAAAUCCAUGUACCACGCGUAUCAUCACGGUCACCAGUACCACCUCCCUGUGAUCAGUGGAGACACUCUUGGAAUACAGAAACAUCAUCCAACUCUGGUUCAAUAAGUGACGAAAUGCCAUGGUCUAGUUCUUAUAAUGACAGUGGACCUCCUUCUCCUCUGUCGGACUCAUCAUUCACGGUGGAGGGUUCAACAAAGGUUACCAAUGUAACUGGGACAGUUGUUUACCGUCUUGAUUCACCCAAACGGCCACCAAUUCCAAACAUGGAGGCCUCAGUUCCUUGUAAUGAAGAUGAUGAUCAAAUGUCAGAGUCUGAUAUGGAGACUCUGACACCGGGCCAGAGAUAUGGACAAUACAAGGAGAAAUCAAAACUAAAGACUGUUUCUCCCACAGCAACUAAAUUUUACUUGGAGCAACACUUUGAAAAUUUAAUGAAGAACACAAAGGAAAGGGAGAAGAGACGUGUUCAGCUUGAAGAGGAGAUGGAUAAAGUUGGACUUUCUCAUGAUGCGAGAGAUCAAAUGAGAAAAAUCCUAAUGAAGAAAGAAACAAAUUACACUCGUCUGAAGCGAUCAAAGAUGGAUAUAACUAUGUAUGAUAAGAUAAGUAAAAUUGGUACGGGAGCAUUUGGAGAAGUGUGGCUUGUACGGAAAAUAGACACAAACAUGUUGUAUGCCAUGAAAAUACUUCGGAAGACUGAGGUUUAUAAGCGCAAUCAGAUGGCUCAUGUCAAAGCUGAAAGAGACAUUCUUGCAGAGGCUGACAAUGAGUGGGUUGUUAAGUUGUAUUAUUCUUUCCAAGACGAUAAAUUCUUGUAUUUGGUGAUGGACUACAUCCCAGGAGGAGACUUAAUGAGCCUUUUGAUCAAAAUUGAAAUCUUUCCAGAGAAUCUGGCAAGGUUCUACAUUGCAGAACUUGUACUGGCAAUUGAGUCAGUUCACAACAUGGGAUUUGUGCACCGGGAUAUAAAGCCAGACAAUGUGUUGAUUGAUCGUGAUGGUCAUAUCAAACUGACAGACUUUGGGCUUUGCACUGGCUUUCGUUGGACCCAUGACAGCAAGUAUUAUGAGGACAAGGAUGGCCAUAAAAGACAAGAAAGCAUGGACUAUGGCAUGCAGUACUGGGAUCAAAUGGAGUAUUCUGCAGACUUAAAUGAACAGCUUCUUCAGAAGUCACUUCAACAAAUGAAGCCACUGGAGAGAAGGCACUUUCGCAAGCACAAGCGGAGUCUUGCGCAUUCUUUAGUGGGUACACCGAAUUACAUAGCACCAGAGGUAUUGCAGAGAAGUGGUUACACGCAUCUUUGUGAUUGGUGGUCUGUUGGAGUAAUAAUGUAUGAGAUGCUGGUUGGACAACCUCCAUUCUUGGCUUCCACACCAGCAGAUACUCAACUGAAGGUCAUCAACUGGGAAACAACACUACACAUUCCCAAGCAAGCUGAACUUAGCCCUCAAGCCAAAGACUUGAUCCUGAGACUGUGUACAAGCCCAGAGCGGAGGCUUGGAAAGAAUGGAAUUGAAGAAAUCAAGAAUCAUCCGUUCUUUGCUCAUGUUGACUGGAGUUAUGGUGUGCGUCGCAUACCUGCCCCAUAUAUCCCACACAUUGCCUCUCCGACUGACACAUCAAACUUUGAUCCAGUUGAUGAAUCAGAGAGAAUGAGCAGUGAUGAAGGAGGAGCAGCAGCCUCAGUAGUUGCAAAUGAACCAGUGGCACCCAGACAGGGCAAACUUCCCGAGCAUGCAUUUUAUGAAUUCACAUUCAGAAGGUUUUUCGAUGAUGGUGGUAAUACCUAUGCCACUGCAAGGAGGUACUCAUCAGAUGACAGUGGCACAGACACUUCUAAAGAUCCAGUAUAUGUGUAACUUAAUGAUUCCUUGUUGUUUUGUAGUUGUUGUUAUGGGUGGUUUUGUGGGGAGCACAGUAAUUUUCUUGUGAAUCUAUCUUGGUCUGUUCGCAAUGAUUUUUGAUAAACAAAUAAGAGAUCAAUGCUUUUUAGAAAAGACAUUUCUGGUUGAAGUCUUGACUAGAAACCAGAAUCUGUACCAUACAAUUUUGAUGCCACUAUAAUAUUUUCAUUUCUCUUUGACAACUAAUCAAGGAAGAUUAAGUAGACUGUGUGUACUGUUAUCAGAGUUCUUUGAGGAAACUAGGUGUACUGUCUCAGAUGAAUGAAGUUUAUCCCAAAUUCUGUUAAUAAACCUUUAACUCCCAAACUCUGAUUGCUCAUUCUCCCCUCUAGCUGCUACACACUGUCUUCUAAAUUGAAUUCAAGAAUUUGUUGUUACAUCAAGAUAACUUUAACCUGAUAAGUUAGAGUAUUCUUAAAUUUAUACCUGAUUGCUGGAUAUAUGGUUAUUGUAAGGAGAAGCUACAUGUUAAUCACUUUUGGGAGUUACAGGGUUAAAGACAGAAGUAAUCAAACUUUUACUGUGUUUUGGUCUUUUAUUCAAUCAGGCUGCACUGCUAGAAUUUAUUUGUCAAGUCAGAUUACUUUAAAGAAAGUUUUAUCCUGCAUUACAGACCUAUUUGAAUCAAGAAAAAAAUAACAAUUUGCAAGAAUUUAAAGUUCCCUUGCUGUUUUAGUGAAUCAGCAUGUGAGAAAAAUGUCCAGAGAAGAAGAUGUUCAUUCUCUCUGGCAUAACUAUUUAACUUGUGUUACAAACAAAUGUUAUUUUUGAAGGAGGAAUACAAGGUUAUCAGAGUUUUAUUGUAAUACUUGUUAAAGAGUCUGUGUAGUUUUAAUUUAUCCCUUGAGUUUCUUU